GUACACCGACAUGUCAGGGCUGAACAUAACGCUGGGUUACUUCAUUGGUGUGGUGGCUGUUUCUGGGCUUGCCGGGGUCGUGGUGAGACGACAGAAGCCACGCUGGAGCUUUUUGGGAGAACUGAUUGCUGCUUUUGCGUUGGCAGCCUGCAGACUAGAGGUGCAAACCAUUUCUGAGAUUGGUCAGUGGGCUGGAGGUCUGGGACAGGAUGUCGCCCUGACCAUGCUUUUUCUUGCUGUAAUGACCCAUGCUAUCAUUAUGCAGGGGGUCACCGGAAAUCCUUCGGUAACCUUAAUGAACUUCCUUCAGAAGGAAACAGGUGUCGUUACCACAGCUCUUAGCGUAGCAGGUCAGUUUGGAGGUGCACAGCUGGCUCUGCUAUUUGCUGGCUGGUAUUGGGCAAUGGAGCUGACGGACUUGCACAUGAUUAAAAACAUGAUGAUGUCUCAGUGCAGUACGUCACUACAGGCCUCUGUUAUACAGGGGAUCAUCACUGAGGCUGUAUGUGCACUCAUCUUUCACCUGGUGGACCUCAGUUUACGCCGCAGGUCAAAGCUGCUCCGGAUUCCACUUCUAGCACUACUGCUCACCUUCCUCUACUAUGCAGGAAACUCCUACACAUCAGGUUAUGUAAAUCCGGCGCUGGCCUAUGCGCUUACCUUCACCUGUCCUGGUCAUGCCUUCUGGGAAUAUGCUCUAGUGUACUGGCUCGCACCUCUUACUGGAAUGACCCUGGCUGUGUUUCUCUUCAUGGGUAACAUUCCAUUGCUGUUCACCAGAAACCUGCUUUUCUCGAAGAAGUCACGAUUUCGUCAACCAAAGGGGAAAACAUCUGAAGAGAAAAAAUGCUCCUAAGACAUUUAAUGAUGUAAUGUUUAUUGUUCGUACAAAUGGACAACUUGAAUCUCCUAAAAUCACAUCUGUGGCUCUUUAUGACCUAAAGAGAUGUGCAAGCAACAAAAAACAAGCAAUCAUGAAAAAAAAAAAAACUCAUAAAUGCA